UUUUUGUUAUUAUUUCCAGUGACUUCCAACUUUUCCAUUCCCUUUUAUGUAGCAAUGAAAUGUAGGCAGGUUUUUUGUGUGAUAUAUAUUGUGUAGUUAUAAAGUGGAGCGCAAACAUUUAAAAUGUCUCAACAACCCGGAUCGCAAGGAAUGCCAAUGCAUUCUGGACAGUUUCCAAUCGGAGUUAGCUUGCCGGAAGGAAUCUCUGUGAGACCGUAUGGAGCUGGAUUUACGACUUCAGGGACUCCUAUUUUUAUGCCCGAUCCUGUUCGUCUGGCACAUGCUCAGAACCCACUCAUGAACCUAAGAGAUUUCCAAGCGGGUCAGUUACCACCUGGUCUACUUGUUGGACAUCAGUCCAUGCACCAUCCUGGACUCACAGCAACGUCCAGUGGAGACCAAUCGAGGAAUGCUGGCUCCAUGUCAUCAGGGUUACCACAUAAUUACAUGUUUUCCCCGGGAAAUAAUCAGACACCUGACAGUAGUACUGAGACUGGUUUACAGACACCAAUUUCUCGAUCUCAUUCAACACAGCCAGAUAUGAUGAUGCCUGGAAAUAUUACGAUAAAACAGGAGGUUGUAUCUCCUCCUGUAUUGUCAUCUUCUAAUGAUGGAAUGGGAAACCAGCUAUUACAAUACAAUCAACUCUCUUCAAGCGAUGGAAGCCAAUCUGCAACUAAUCUUGAGAGUGGAGGAAUGUUUUCUACUAUGUCCAGUAUGGCAAUGGCUAAACACAUUUGUGCUGUUUGUGGCGACCGCGCAUCCGGAAAACAUUACGGUGUUUACAGCUGCGAAGGAUGCAAAGGUUUUUUCAAGAGAACAGUUCGGAAAGAUCUGACAUAUACAUGUCGAGACAACAAAGACUGUGUGAUUGACAAGAGGCAGAGAAAUCGAUGCCAAUAUUGCAGAUAUCAAAAAUGUCUAUCAAUGGGAAUGAAGAGAGAAGGUGAGAAAGCCGUACAAGAGGAAAGGCAAAAAAACAAAGAAUCCGAAGGAAAUGAAAAUGCAAAUCCUAAUGAUGAAAUGCCAGUCGACAAAAUUUUGGAGGCAGAAAUUGUGUCCGAACCUAAAAUGGAACAAGUUGUGGAUUUCGCUCAAGCACAAGAGCAAGCGGAUCCUGUCUCAAACAUCUGUAAAGCUGCAGAUCGUCAAUUAUUUACUCUUGUGGAGUGGGCUAAAAGAAUUCCUCACUUUCCUACUCUACCACUUGAUGAUCAAGUCAUCUUGCUUCGUGCUGGUUGGAACGAACUUCUCAUCGCAUCAUUCAGCCACCGAUCAAUCAAAGUAAAAGACAGCAUACUAUUGGCAAGCGGGCUUCACGUCCAUCGACAUAGUGCCCAUCAGGCAGGAGUUGGUCCGAUCUUUGACAGAGUACUUACAGAACUCGUGUCGAAGAUGCGAGACAUGAUGAUGGAUAAAACAGAAUUGGGUUGCCUUCGUGCGAUCGUUCUUUUUAAUCCAGAUGUGAAAAAUCUUUCUGAUUCCUCGCAUAUUGAAUCGUUACGUGAGAAGGUGUAUGCAUCCCUGGAGGCAUAUUGUCGUUCAAAAUAUCCUGAACAGCCAGGACGUUUUGCAAAACUUCUUUUGCGACUCCCAGCACUACGUUCCAUUGGCCUGAAGUGCCUUGAACAUCUGUUCUUCUUCAAGCUGAUUGGGGAUACGCCCAUUGAUAAAUUUCUCAUGGACAUGCUAGUUGAGUCACCAACACCUACCCAGUACCCAGCUCAGCAAGGAGAUGGAGUGAAUGGUAAUAUGACAUUGUCACCCAAUAACCUAUCAAGCGCAAACACUUGAAGGUAUCGAAGGUUAUCGAUGACUACAGUUUUAUAAUAAUGAAACCGAGCGAUUUUGAGAGUGAAAUGUUGUUUUUGCUCUUAACCUGUUGUCAUGAGACAAUUGCUUAAUUCAGUGUUUUGAUAAUUGAUGAACGCUGGUUAUCGCAGUCAAAGUCGUCGUGAAUAUUAUUUUCAUGGAAACAUAAGAAUUCAAUAAGGAUAUUUUACACUACUUGCAGGUGAAAUAAUCUUGAUACCAUUGCAGGUCUGUAAUUUCCAUUUGUACCAUUGAGAGUUUCAAUUUGAUUACAAUUUUAUUUUUAUGUGCGAAUAUGUAGAAAUUGUUUUUUGUUAUACCUCAAAAAUAUCGUCCUCAGUCCUUACUUUAGAAUCAUACAUGAAGAAAUUCCAACUUUGCUGUCAAUGACAUUACAAAUAGAUCAGAAAUAUUUCAAAAUUAUCCAUCCUAUCGAUGCAUGAUUUUCAUUAAACCAUACCUACAGGCUACAAUGAAAUUUUGCAUCAUGAUCAACAAAGUCUAAAAAAAGUAAUUGAUUCGUGGCAUUGAAAAGCUUAUUUUGUUGAGGUUUUACAGAACAAAAUGGAUUGCGUAGGGCCCAGUUAUGGUAGAGAUACGGAUAAUAAGCAAAUAUUAAGAUUUUGAAACAGAUGCAAACGAAUUCGUCCUUAAAAUUUAUUACAUUUUGACUAAGUACAAAACUACGAUAAAUCAACUCUACCCUACAAGUCUUGCUUGAAUAGAAUAAACAAGUUGAUCUGCACAUGAUUAUAAAUAACUUUUGUUUAAAUUCAAUAAUUUACUACUAGAAUUAAUCUAGUCCAGGCCUAGCGAAUGGCCCACAGCGUCCAAAUGCUAGUUAUGAGUGUACUUUCAUGAUUGUAAUUCUUUAAAAAUCCCUUUCGCGAGUUUUUUCAGCAUAUGACAUUCUUUUAAGUAAAACUUGACUUCAUUGAAUAGUCAGUCGUAGUAUCGGUUCUUUGCGAAUGGGUUUGCUUCUCUGAUUUUGUAAUUAGUUUUAUCUUUUUCACAAGCAUAACCAGCAGGAUGAUUGUAACUCUAUCUCCUUACGUUACAACCCUAAUAAAAAGAGAAAUGUUUUACACUAUAUCAUCCACGCUCAAACAUAUCGACUACAAAUAUAUUGAUUUUCUUAUUUGAACUAAGGUUUCAACAAGUUUGUCGCAAAUGAAAAAGAUAAUAUAUUUUCAGGAUUUUUGUCUAAAAAAAAUUCAGAAAAUAUGUGAAUUACCAAAAUAUAUACUGGUAGGUUAUUGAUCUUUGUAAAAAAAUGCAGGUUGGAAUUUGAGUGGACAACAUUUUUUGAAAGUGAUUUAAGUGUAGUAUGUCAAUUUUGCAACAAAAUGCAUUAAAAUAAGAAGUGCAUUUGAUCAAUAUGUGGCUGAACCAAUUUUUGAAAAAGCAAGAAUCGAUUCUAUAUUGUCAUUCUUUGUCUAUGAAUCGUCAUAAAUAAUCUUGGACAAGCAAUACAUCAAACUUUUUUCAUCCACAUAAAAAAGAUUUCAGAAUCCUGCCUUUUUGUUGUUGGUGGACUUCAAGGAUUUGAAGAAAUUUAUCCAUGAGAAUCAUGUGUAGCAUGUUAUGUUUUGGUCGAGGAUCUGUGAUAUAAACAUGUUAAAAUAAGGCCUUUCCAUUGAAUUAGAUAAUUGUUGGUCAAAGUGCGUUCUGUAAUUGUGAUUUAUUAAUUAUCAUACAAUUUUACUUGUCAUUAAAACAUUACGGCUUGAAAAUUGAAAGAAGUUACAGAAAGAUAUGUUUCCUCUCUCACCGCUGGUUCUUAUUUGAUCAUCACAGCUUAUAUUUUUGAAAACAUGAACCUUUUCUUUUAAAACUAUGUUUCCAGUCAUUUCUUUUAAUGUUAAUGGCAUUACUAUCAUAUAUAAUUAUCUAUCAAAUUAUGAACACUUUUGGGGUAAUCAAAUCGUAAUUUUUCAUCCAUAAUUAAAUUGUAAUUUGUGCAAUAAAAUCAUGGAAGCAUGUGGUUACAUCGAAAAAAAUUGUUUUCUCAUACGUUUAUAGGUAUUUGAGAAUCAUUAUUAGGUUUUUUUUUCUGAUGGGUAAUCCCCGUAAAAAAAUUCAAAGCCAUACUUGAAUAGAGUUUGAUUAGAGCGUUUUAAAAAAAAACUAUAAAAAUUUUAAAUUUCAAUUUAAUCUUCUGUUUAUAAUAAUAAUGUAUGUCGUUUCUCAUUUGUUUUCUAUUAUUUUGAGAUAGCAUUUUGAUUUGAAAAAACUCCAUCUGCGAGAGGACUUUGUUUUUAUCUUAUACCAUUGUUGUCCAAGAAAUGUUUACGUCAAUUGUUGUCCAUUUUUUAAUUUGCUUAAAAAGAACGUUAUUAAAAAAAAGUUGAUUGAUAUGGGGUCUAACUUUUUACUUUAGCUUUUGAUCGUUUUCCAUCUCAGACGAUCUCAUUUGUACAAAAAAAUUUUAGCAAGUUUUUGUUAUGUAACUUAUGUUUCACUAUUGAAGUUUGAAAUUAAAUAUCGAAUCUAAGUGUGA